AGUCGUGUUUGAAUCAGCACCCUGUCACCAUGCUUCUGUGAUCGUCGCUGCAGAUUGAGAUUUUCACCCAAAUUAAAGCAGCACUCGAAUGUGGAGCAAAUUGACUGGAGCAUCGAAAUAGGAUAACGACGAGGUGUGUCGCAGCGCAGGGAGAUGGACCUGGACCUUGUGAACAUGUUUCUCAUAGUCGGCGGCACGCUAGCCAUUCCCAUCCUGGCAUUCGUUGCUUCCUUUCUGCUGUGGCCUGCGGCUCUCAUCAAAGUCUAUUAUUGGUACUGGCGGCGGACGCUGGGACUGCAGGUGAAGCAUGCGGAGAGCGACGGGUAUCGCUUCUGCUACUCGUACCGCGGGAAGCCCGGGACCCGGCCCUCCAUCCUCAUGCUGCACGGCUUCUCUGCACACAAAGACAUGUGGCUGACCGUGGUCAAGUAUCUCCCGAAGCACCUUCACCUGGUCUGUGUGGACAUGCCAGGACACGAGGGCACCUCCCGCACCUGUGCUGAGGACUACUCCAUCGAGGGGCAGGUGCGGAGGAUACACCAGUUUGUCGAGUGUAUCCGUCUCAAUAAGAAGCCCUUUCACCUGGUGGGCACCUCGAUGGGAGGGAACGUGGCUGGAGUGUACGCUGCCCGCUACCCCUCCGACCUCUGCAGCGCCUCGCUCAUCUGUCCUGCAGGUCUGCAGAUCCCCAAUGAAAGCAAGUUCGUGAAGCAGCUGCAGGAACUCCAGGCAACGCAGAACAUGUCGGGGAUCCCUCUCAUCCCCUCCACCCCCGAGGAGAUGGAGGACAUGCUGAAGCUCUGCUCCUACGUGAGGUUCAAAGUGCCACAGCAGAUUCUGCAGGGACUGGUAGAUGUUCGAAUACCACACAAUGAUUUCUAUCGUGAAGUGUUUUUAGAGAUUGUGGGUGAGAAGUCGAGACACUCCCUGCAGGAGAAUAUGCACUUGAUUACCGUCCCACUGCAGGUGAUCUGGGGGAAACAGGAUCAGGUGGUUGAUGUCUCCGGGGCGACGGUUCUAGCCAGCGGCGUUCGCGGUUGCCACGUUGAUCUGCUGGAGAACUGCGGUCAUUCCGUGGUGAUGGAGCGGCCCCGGAAAACCGCCAAGCUCAUCCUGGAAUUCCUCAUCGCGCAGCAGGACAGCAGCAGCAAGAAGAUCUCCUAAGCAGAGCUGCAACUCCACCCCUCUUGUCGGCCUGCCUGUAAACAUUUUGUAUGAACUGUCUCGGGUGCAUUUCUCUGGUUACAAGGGGUCCAGGUGCCACAGUCACGGAGGAAAGUAGUGCAGGAUUUCACUAAGCCUCAGCUGCCAUGUGUACAGUGUAACUGCGGAGUGUAGACAAAAGGGGACCAAGUGGAACUGACAGGACUUGAAAAUCUGUUAAUAGAAGGGGAGUAAGGCAAACUGCUAGGCUGCACUGCCCCGUAGACCCAAACUCCCCUUCAACUGGAAACGCAUUACAAUGGACACAUCUCUAUAAUAAUAAUAAUAAUAAUAAUAAUAAUAAUAAUAAUAAUAAUAAUAAUAAUAAUAAUAAUACUACCCUGUUUUCCAUUUACCACUUGGCAGAUCAGGAGACUACUAAAAAGAGGGCUGUGACAUUCUCAGGGCUACGAGUGAUACCCUAAAUGAUAAACACAAGAGUAAGCCAGAAGCUUUCAUAUUACUUAACAUGACCAGUAAACCCACAACUGCUCAGUAGUAACUAUGUUGCUGCUUCGAUUAGACAGGAUUUAGUGUUUUGUUUUUCUGUAUUUCAAAGCCUGUUGCCUGCUGAUCUUUGUAAACUACAGGUCUCGUAUCAAUAAGCAAGCCACAUUGGUCAAAGAACACUGGAAUCCUCCCCUCUCUGCUGUGUCAAUUGUUGUAACACACCAUGUCAUAGAACAUAGACCAUGUAAUAGACAAUGUAAUAAAGCAUAGACUGCGUAAUA